AUGAUCGGGACAGACGACGUGGUGCUUUUGGGCCUCGGCGCCAUCACGCCCCUCGGGGUGGGCGUUCGCACCACCUGGUCCCGUCUCCUGGCUGGUGAGUCGGGCAUCACGACCCUGCACCACCUCGAGCCGCGCCAGCGCUGGAAAGACAUGACCAGCAGCGUCGCCGGCCUCGUACCGACAGAGCAAUGGCGACCACCCGAGUGGCUGAACCCAACAGAGAUGCGCCGCAUGUCCACAUUUGCCCAGUACGCCGUCGCCAGCGCCCAGAUGGCCCUCGACGACGCCGGCUGGCACCCGGCGAGCCACGAAGAGAAAGAGGCCACGGGCGUCUGUCUCGGGAGCGGCAUUGGCAACCUCGAAGAGAUCUACGACACCAGUCUGGCGUUUGACCAAGGCGGUUACAAGAAGGUCUCGCCCUUGUUCGUGCCCAAGAUUCUCAUCAACAUGGCCGCCGGCCACAUCUCCAUGAAGCACGGUCUCCAGGGCCCCAACCACGCCGUCACUACGGCUUGCACCACGGGGGCUCACUCGAUCGGCGACGCCAGCCGCUUCAUCGCCUUUGGGGACGCCGACGUCAUGGUCGCCGGCGGUACCGAGUCCUGCAUCCACCCUCUGACCUUUGCCGGCUUCGGCAGGGCACGGUCGCUGUCGACGAGGUACAACACCGACCCCGCAGCGAGCUGUCGUCCCUUUGAUGCCGGCCGCGACGGCUUUGUCGUGGCCGAGGGUUCGGCCGUCUUUGUCCUCGAAGAGCUCGAGCACGCGAGGGCGCGAGGGGCCCGGAUCUACGCCGAGGUCAAGGGGUACGGGUGCAGCGGGGAUAGCCAUCACAUGACGGCGCCGCGGGAGGACGGCCAUGGCGCGUUCAGGGCCAUGCGGGCGGCGCUGAAGAAUGCCGGCAUCAGGCCGGCCGACGUUGACUACAUCAACGCCCACGCCACGGGGACCCAGAUCGGAGACGCUGCCGAGGCGUCCGCCAUUCGGACACUCAUGAUGGGCGACGAGGGCGUCGCUGACGAGUCUGAGGUGACUGUCAGCAGCACGAAGGGUGCUGUCGGGCACUUGCUGGGGGCGGCCGGCGCUGUGGAGGCGAUGUUUUCUGUUCUGUCGGUCAAGGAGAACCUCGUCCCGCCAACGUUGAAUCUUGAGAAGCCCAAUGUUGGGCCGAAACUGAACUAUGUGCCGCUCAAGACGCAGGAAAAGGAGGUCAAGGUUGCCAUGUCGAACAGCUUUGGAUUCGGCGGCACGAAUGCUUCCUUGGUAUUCGCCAAGUACCAGUGA